GCUGGCUGCGAGCUCAGUCAGUGAGAGAGGAUCCUCGCGACCACAUCGAUCUUAACGGCUGUCUUUGACGUUGAAACGGUCACAGGCGGCUGGAUUAACCCGGUAACCUGAGCAGAUUCCGGAGCUAACAAAACACGGAAGAACCAGCGGUGCAAACACUACAUGAGGAAGAGGAGGGACGUUAGCGGGCCUCAGCAGGAGAGCUGGAUCAGGACCAGAGGCACCAGGACCGCUCAGACUCUGUGAGAUUACAAGCAAAAGAACAAGGAGAAGGGCCAACUGAUCAUUUUGGUCCUUAAAAUCUUCCCUUUGGUCGGCCUGUCAUCUGUACGUGACGACCUUCUGCAGGUGUUCCUGCAGGUGGAUUGUCCUAUGAUGGAGGAGCUUCAUGAUGUCCAGCUCACUGAGAUCAAACCACUGCUGACAGGACAGAAUGGGAGGAAUCUCCAGGAUUUUGAUUGUCAGGAGCACGAUGUGGAGACGGCCCACGGCGUGCUGCACGUCACCAUGAGGGGGGCCGCUAAGGGCAACCGGCCCACGAUCCUCACCUACCACGACAUCGGACUCAACCAUAAGUCAUGUUUCAACAGUCUCUUUAACUAUGAAGACAUGCAGGAAGUGACGCAGCACUUCUCAGUUUUGCAUGUUGAUGCUCCGGGACAGCAGGAGAACGCUCCCAUAUUCCCUACAGGGUACCAGUAUCCCACCAUGGAUGAGCUGGCUGAGAUGCUGCCGUCUGUCAUGACCCAGCUUCACAUAAAGAGCGUGAUAGGUAUCGGCGUUGGAGCCGGAGCAUACAUCCUCACCAAACUGGCACUGAAUGAGCCCAGUUUAGUGGAGGGUUUAGUUCUGAUUAACGUUGACCCGUGUGCCAAGGGUUGGAUCGACUGGGCUGCCUCCAAGCUGAGCGGCUGGACAAGCAACCUGGUGGACAUCAUCAUGGGGCAUCACUUCAGCACUGACGAGUUAACAGAGAACAAGGAAAUAAUCCAGACGUAUCGACUCCACAUCUCUCAGGAUAUACCGCAGGACAACCUGGCCAUGUUCUACAACAGCUACAGCAGUCGCACCGAGCUGCAGAUGGAGCGUCCUGUCUCUGGUCUGAAUGAGAACACAGCCACCACCGUCAGGUGUCCCACUCUGCUGGUCGUCGGAGACUCGUCGCCUGCCGUUGAUGUCGUGGUGGAGUGUAACUCCAGAAUGAAUCCCACCAAGACCACAUUGCUCAAGAUGGCAGACUGUGGAGGACUUCCUCAGGUGGUUCAGCCUGGAAAACUAGCCGAGGCCUUCAAGUACUUUGUGCAGGGGAUGGGUUACAUGCCCACGGCAGGGAUGACCCGGCUGGUUCGCUCCAGGACUCACUCGGCCUCCAGUGUGGGCUCCACAGAUGGCGUCCGGAGCCGCAGCACCACCAACGAGGGCGCCAACUGCGCCGAGCCUGACAACACUGCAGUACACACCAUUGAAAUGACUGCAUAGGACUGUUCCUGUUUCCUCUGUGUACCUGCAGUUCUCUCAUCCAAUCAGAUCCUUCCUUUCUUUUAGUUGUAAAUGUUUUUCCUGAAAAUAGAAAGCCCUCAAAAGCUUCACUUCCAGCCCCUGUUCUCUAAAUAUGUUCCCUGUGAGUUUAGGGUUUAGAUUUGAAUGAUGUCAUAAACAUUUCGGUGUCAGCUGCCGCCAUGUUGGCUCCUUUUCCCUGCGCUCUGUAGGCGUUACUGCACACAGGUCAGUCGGUUUGUAUGUAUACACAGCUGUUGUAUUCCUUCACUGCUCCUUUCUCACUCCUGAGUUCUUCUUUUAGUUAUUACUCUUAUAUAAUCAAUAUUUUGUUUAUCUUUGCUGGUGGUGUUGGUUGAUAUGAAGCUCGUUUCUUAAAUGAACCCUUCUUUGGUGCCCAUUACAAAGUGGAUGUGCUUCCGACCCAGAUGUAUUUUUGUAAUCACUUGAAUCGCACUGACAGAAGAUCUGCGACACGAGUUUGACCUGGUUUAACGACAGAAAAUGGCAUCACGAGCUGCGGUUUCCUAAAUGUGCACCAUGAAGCCGGGUCCUCGUACAGCUCAAUCAAAUUGAAUAAACACAUUAAAACAUGAAGUCAGUGGGACUGAACUUUGAGCUGGUUUCGUCCGAUGCUGUUUUGCUGAUCUUUAAACGGGAUUUUCUUUAUUCUUUUUCUGUGGCCGUGCAAUUUUUUUGCCUGAGCUUCAAGAGAAAAAUCAACUUAAAGAGAUUUUUUUUCCAGAUAAUUUAGCAAAACAUCCUGAAGUCAGCCUGUUACCUCCACAGUUUCCUCUCUUUCCCGUCUCUGAAGCUCGGUUCAUUCGGCCCGUCCACAGCAUGCUCCUUGUAGAGUGUUGGCAUGCAAACUGUGCCGUGGUGUCAGUGUAGUGAGUAAUGAGAUGUUGUUCAGCUGUAAACCUGCUGCUCUCCAUCUGAAAUGAACAAAAACUCAGAGCAGGAUUCUCUGGGCUGAAGCUGGCAGCAGGGGGCGCUGCUGCGUUUACUGUAAAAGGUUCAAACUAAAUGAUUUGAUUGGGUGAAAAACAGGAGACACCAUCCUGAUAAAACUACAGCCAGACAGACUACGCUAUCUGAACACUUGAUUUAUUUUCCACCUAAUCUCUCCUAGAAGAGAUUAGCUGGUUGCCAAAAGGUUGCAAUUUCCAAGACAGCCCGACGUGAUGCGGGACAAGUUACCAGGAAAUGGAGGUGGUCGUAGCUGCUGCAGAAAUCUUGGAGUAUUUCUGGUAAUGGAGUAUUUCUUGCAUUCUGAUUGGAUUUGUAGGAAUUGUUUUUUGGAAAACAAUGUUAAUGAAAACUUUCACCACAAGGUGGCAGUGUUUUACCAGAAAGCUGUGAUGACUGUGAAAGAAACAUGACUGCUGUACAGAUGUUAAUGCUGAUUCACAGCUCCAUCUAGUGGAUCAAAGUGGUAUUACGUGAGGGUGCAGCGCAGCCUUGUUUUAGCUUUGGCUGAGAUCUCUGCAGUACGUAGAUGUUGUAGACGUGAGAUCAGAGCUGCUGUCAGUUUUCUCACUGCAUAAUAAAAGUGUCACACUCAGCAGGAGGUGGAAACAAACAGCUGAUGUGUAAAAGAAACAAACCAGGGUUUUUUUUCACGCACUGAGAAGCUGCUUUUCUCCUACAGUUGACGGCAGGUUGUGUUUGGCUUUCUUGGAAAUGUCCUGCAGCUUUCAGCUGAUGUUAAGGAACAUUUUCUUGGAACGUGAUGGAAAAUACCCUGGUCGUGGUUGUAGAGUGUUGCUGCCCCCUGCUGGACGAUUCAGCAGGAAACGAACGCCUGUAGUUUUUCAGCAGCUUUUCAUGUCGACUCUUAUGAAACAUUCAGGUUCGGCAGGGACAGCAGGGUCAACCCACAAACUGUUCACUUCCUUUCUUCUCUAUAUUCUGACUGUGGUUCUGUCCUUGUUGUUGUUGUUGUUGUUGUUGUUGUUGUAUCUAUUACACUUAUUUGUGUAUUAUUACUUUGGAGAUUUCUACUGAAGCUUUGGUAGCGGUUCUGUUACAGAGAAGUUUGUAUUCACUGGAUGUUCCACAAUGUAAACACGGUUUGUAAUGAAAUAAAACUCGUUAUCCAGAGACA